UGCUAAUUACUAAUCAGUAAUUUUCCGCUUUCUCAUAAUUGGGUAUACUUCGUUAAAUUUCAUUUCUGAUGCUGUAGUGACUCGGGUCAACAGCGGAGAGAAAAACAUGUUCACUAGCAUUGUUGUUAUAUUCUCGGUGAUCGCAACCACGACCGCUAUCCCGCUAAGUCCGGCCAUAAAUGACGAUCCAUUAAUAUUCAUAUCAAACCCUAUAGAAGCUCACUUCCCAAGCCACUGGAUGCCACUGAGUAUUGUUAGAACAAUUCUAAAUAAACCCAUGAGACCAAGGUUUUUAUGGACAACAAGAGCAGCAAAACAUAUAGAACUCGAUGAAGUAAUAAGCACUAAAAUAAUUCCUACUGAGAGACCAAUUGGACCUAAAACUGCUCACAAAGCUAAAGACACCAAUGGAGUAAAAAGAUCAAAAAUAAUACCUACAGAGAAAUCAAUUAAACCUAAAACACCCAAAAAUUCUCACAGAUAUAAUACUAAAGAUGCCAAUAAAGUAACAACCACAAAAAUAAUGCCCACACACAACGCUAAAGAAGCGUCCGCUGAAGUAACAAACACUAAAUCUGCAACUGAAAUUACGCAUAACAAGAUACCUGCUGAGCCCGAAACUACCAAACCUACUGAAAUAACUAAUAUUAAUCCUACUGAAAUAACUAAUAUUAAUCCUACUGAAAUAACUAAUAUUAAUCCUACUGAAAUAACUAAUAUUAAUCCUAUAGAACACACACGCCCCUCUAAAACAGCUGAACCUUAUGAAAAUGUUUCCGCGGGAAAUGGUGUAAACGGCAGAUAAUAUUCUACUGAAACUUUGUCAAAACAAGAAUCGGAAUGAUUUGUUAGUA